AUGCAAAAAUGGAUCGAGAAAAAUCAUGCCGAUAUGAUUCGCAAAGCUAAUGAUUAUUAUUCACCUGUGCUCCGAACUCUCGAUCAACGUCAAGUAGCCUACCGUCUCGCUCGUGAAUUUGCCCCUCUCUUUGCACGAAUUGAAUGUUGUCUAGUGGCCAACGUUCACUUGGCUAAACAUCAUGGUCUACCACUUACUAUUCAACGAGGCACCGGACUGGGUGCAGGUGACUUUUUUAAUAUCUAUCCAGCAACGUGGGAUUCGGAAGAAAACUUCAUCGUCAAAGAACUCAUUAAUCCAAUUGAUGAUCGAGAUAUUGCCUACUUGGAGGCUCAUUUUCAUCGCACAGUUCCUCGUCUUCAAAUUCCUCAUAUGGUUCUCCUUAACUACUUGUACGAAAUCCUCAAAGAUCCACAACAAGUUGCCAUUGUCUUGCCACGCCAUCGGAAAAGUUUUCAUUCUUAUCUGAUGAAAGCUAUGAAAAAGGUAUCAAAACCGUAUGAUCAACCGAACCUUCAUCUAAGAUCACUAACGGUGUCAGACCUUGUGAACAUGCUCCCAGCCAAAUCAUAA